UCUUUUUUGUUUCCUUUCAUUCAAUAGUCCGUAAAACGUCUGUGUGUAAAAUAACUGAUUUUGUUUUUGCUCGACCAGUACCCGAAACUGUUUUUUUGUGUAAUUCAAAAUCAAUACAAACAAUAUUGAGCAUUACAGAAAAUGUCCUGCCGUGUGUGUUUAGAUGAGGGUAAGACCUUCUUGUCGUUACAAACGGAGGUAGAAUUCGAAGGCAAAUAUCUAACUUGUAUGGAGAUGUAUUGCAGCAUUACAGGAAUUGAGGACGUCAAUGAAAAUAAUAUUUCAACAAAGGUUUGCCUUUAUUGCUUUACGGAGUUGAAUAAAUGCUUCAAAUUUCAAAAGAAAGCGAUACAGUCUUUCUACAACUUACUGUCCAGGCGCGAUGUUCAUACACCUGAUCCAGCUAAAUUGGACGAAGAUGUAAUUGAUAACGUUGAUAUGAAUAUAGAAAAAAAUAUUCCUCAACAGUUAGUGAGAAAAACCGAAAUUGAAAUUGUAGAUAAUGAAUCAAGACUCAACAUGAAUGAGACUUCCAACGUUUACGACGAAGAAUUUCUUGAAGCUGAAUUUGUUAAUUAUGACACAGUCACAAGAGAUACCGAGAGCCAAGAAACGGAAAUUACUCAUGCUAAAAACACUGAGCAGCAUAAAUGUACGAUAUGCUGUAAAUUACUACCUUCUCAGGCGGAACUGGAUACUCAUUUUGUUGCUGACCACAGUGAAUAUGUUAGCGGGCAUUUUGUGUGCUCGGUUUGCAACAAACGCUUUGGAUCUAAGAAAACUAUUCGUCAACAUUGCCGAAUUCAUCAGGAUCACGAUUCGCGACGAUUUCGGUGCAGUUACUGUUCUAAGGCAUUCAACUACAGUCAUCAUUUGAAAAUUCACGAAACUACCCACACCAUGGAGAAACCGUUUUCCUGUGUUUCCUGCGAUAAACGGUUCGCCUGCAAGGAUAGACUUAAAAACCAUGAAGUACAGCACACGGAUAUUUUUAGGCACCGCUGUGAAUCAUGCUCCUGUUCGUUCCGCAGUAAAAAAACGCUUAAAAUGCACACUAUUCUGAAGCACGACGCCGCUGUCGAGAAAUUUGAUCCUAUCCGAUGCAACAAAUGCAAUAAAAAAUUAUAUUCUCAAUCUGCUGCCAGUGUACACUUAAAGGGACCCUGCGGUAACAGUUGUUUAAAAAAAAGAAAUCGAAAUAUAUUAGAUGAACAGUGACAGUUUUGAAAUAAAAUUACUAACAAUUUUUAA